AUGGCGCUGCAGAGCAACAAGGCAGGGCCUUCCAGAUCGACCUUGUCUAGCAACCAUGGUGGCUUUGAGUACGAUGUGUUCUUGAGCUUUCGAGGAGAAGACACCCGCAAUAAUUUCACUGGAUUGUUCCAUUAUAUCCUCGUGCUACAUGGCAUACAUGCCUACUUUGAUGAGGAAGAUUUGCACAAGGGAGAAAGAAUUGAAGAGAUAUUGGUGGCCAUAACCAGGUCCAAGAUCUUAGUCCCUAUCUUCUCCAAGCGCUAUGCCGAAUCGCAUUGGUGUUUAAGAGAAGUUGCCAAGAUGGUUGAAUGUUAUGAUGGUGGGCAAGACAGGCAGAUUAUUCCCAUCUUUUUUGACGUCGAUCCAAAAGAUGUAAGGUGUCAGAGCGGCCCAUUUGAAGCUGCCUUUCAGAAGCACCACCAGACUGAAAGGAGGGAUACCUUGAGCGAGGUCAAUGCAUGGAAGCAUGCACUGACAUAUGUUGGAGGAAUUUCCGGCUUUGAUCUGAAGAGAUACAAUGAAGACCAGAGGAAGCUUAUCAGGUCAAUCACUGCAGACAUCCAGAAUAUAUUGGUGACAAAGGUGCCCCUUUACGAGAAAGAAUACCUUGUUGGUCUUGAGUCCCGUGUUGAAAAGAUGCUGAAGUGUCUGGACUUUCAAUCGAAGCACGCCCGGAUCGUUGGAAUCCAUGGCAUUGGCGGUGUGGGGAAAACAACACUUGCCACGGCCAUCUAUAACAGAAGUCGUUGCUUAUUUACAGCUACUAGCUUCAUUGGAAAUGUAAGGGAAGAAUCGAGGUCUAAAGGGCUCGUCUAUCUUCAAAAACAGCUCAUUCAAGAUAUUUGCAAAGGCAAAGAUAAAGUGGAGAUAAAUACCCCAAGUCAAGCGACCCAAAAGAUUAGGGAUAUGGUACGUUUGAGGAGUGUUCUUCUUGUUCUUGAUGAUGUCGACGACAAAAAACAGCUAGAUGCGUUGGCUGGCGACAUAAGCUGGUUCGGUCCAGGAAGUAGAAUUAUCAUCACCACAAGUGAAGUUCAUGAAAGGUUAAGGAUAUGUUAUGAUCAUUUGAAUGAUGAUGAGAAGAUAAUCUUUUUAGAUAUUGCAUGUCUUCUUAUCAGAAAAAGUUCAGAAGAUGCCAUCUAUGUGUGGGAAGAUCAGAAGCUUUCACCUCAUUUAGCUAUAAAGAGUUUGCAGAACAAGUCUCUUAUUAAGAUUAAGAAUGGCAAGUUUGAAAUGCAUGACCAAAUAAGAGACAUGGGAAGGCAAAUCGUUCUGAAGGAAAGCUACCCGCAUUCUGGAAGAAGCUACGUCAGGUUAUGGUGUGAAGAAGGCGUAAUGGAAGCUUUGACCAAGUCUCAGGUAAGCCUUGACCUGGCCAAGCUCAAGCUUAACUAA